AGUCGCAUUGACCAGAAGCUCACAUCGUCUCGGACAAAGAUGCAGCCGAACGUGCCGCGUGCUCUCUGUAGAUAACUCGCGCCGCGGUACUCCCGAGAAAUAAGACUACAGACCCAGAGGCGGACGGCAGGUGCUUGAUUCGGGUCCAGCCUGCACAGUUCUGCGCAGUUUGAAUUGGCGCCCCCGCGACAGCGAUGCUGUUACCGGUUGGCACCCUGCUUCUGCUGGCUCUCCUCUCCUCGAGUUUUGACAGCUCCGAGGCUGAGGGGUGCGGAGCAUCGUGCGGAAAAUGUGACUGCAGUGGUGUGAAGGGAGCAAAGGGUGAGCGGGGCUUUCCUGGUCUCCAAGGCAACAUGGGAUUCCCAGGGAUGCAGGGACAUGAAGGGCCUCCAGGGCCAAUGGGCCCCAAGGGGGAUCAUGGUGAGUCAGGGGCACCUGGGUUGAAAGGAACACGUGGUCCUUCUGGUUUGCCAGGAUUCCCAGGAAACCCAGGACUACCUGGCAUCAACGGAAAUGACGGCCCUCCAGGUUCACCAGGUAUCCCAGGAUGCAACGGGACUAAAGGAGAAAGAGGCACGGACGGUUUUCCAGGCUUCCCUGGCCUUCAAGGACCACCUGGUUUGCCCGGAAUCAACGGAAUGAAGGGUGACCCUGGUGGCGUCAUUGGAGUUUUGCCGAUGAAAGGAGAACCAGGACUUCCCGGCCCAUCUGGAUUUCCUGGAAUAAAUGGAUUUCCCGGACCCAUAGGCCCUCCAGGACCGCGUGGCUUCUUAGGACCAAUAGGUGAACCUGGUCCUCCGGGUCCUCCAGGAGAGAAGGAUGACAAGCUGUCCUUCCAGGGUGAAAAAGGAGAGAAGGGUGAUAGGGGAUUCAGAGGCCCACCUGGUCCACCUGGACCACCCUUGCCAGAGGCUGGAGGACCACCUGUCACACAUUACGUACCUGGACCACCGGGAGAAAGAGGAAUUCAAGGUGAAAAGGGAGAUAAGGGUUUUUGUCUUCCGUCUCAAAAUAAUGUCAAAGGCGACCCCGGCCAACCCGGACCACGAGGCAAACCUGGCAAGGAUGGAGAGACCGGGCACAAGGGAGAACUGGGCUUUCCUGGGCCGCCGGGGUACAUGGGGCUGCCGGGUGAAAAAGGAGAAAGAGGACCACCGGGAUAUGCCGAUGGUGUGCCAGGCCCCGCGGGUCCACAAGGGGCACAAGGAGAAAGAGGUUAUCCUGGUCUUACAGGAGAACCAGGUCCACCAGGCAGGGACACUGAGGGCCCUCGUGGAGAGGCGGGUGAAAAGGGAGAUAGAGGUCAGAAAGGAGACAGGGGUCUAGACGGAGAGUCUCUCCCAGGCCCCCCAGGACCAGACGGAGUUGCUGGAUCCGCCGGGCCCCCUGGAGCCCCAAUUGAACCUGGUGAAUGUGACGUUGAGAUAGGAGCCCCUGGCCCCCCGGGACCUCCAGGACUGCGAGGGGAGCUGGGCCAGAAGGGUGACAAAGGAGACACGUGUAUUCAUUGUGAGGCCCGAGGUGUACCUGGAGUACCCGGUCCCCCCGGCACCAAAGGAUCUCGAGGCUAUCCUGGACCUGCAGGCCCUAAAGGAGAAAAAGGUCUGACUGGCCCAGUUGGACCCAGUGGGAGAGCAGGUGUCACUGGAGUUGUUGGGUUGAUGGGACCACCUGGUGCGGUGGGCGAACCAGGAGAUGUGUUCAUAGCUCCUGGCCUGAAGGGUGAAAAAGGUCUGCCUGGUACUUCUGGUUCACCAGGACUGCCGGGACUGGAUGGACUGCCAGGGAGCGAUGGGAUACCAGGUCUUCCUGGCCCUAAAGGAGAGCCUGCAAGAGAGGGCAUCAAGGGUGACCGUGGACUGGAUGGGAAGCCAGGUCCUAUUGGACCCCAAGGAGAGAGGGGUCCACCUGGGCUUCCAGGAUUUGGUAGACCAGGGGAGCCUGGAGAGAAGGGCAGCACAGGGAGAACGGGUAUCACAGGACCUCCCGGACAACCAGGUGUAAAAGGUGAGCCAGGUAAAGGUGUGAGCAUGCCGGGACCUCAGGGACCCCCAGGACCACGAGGAGAAACAGGCACACCUGGACUACAAGGUGGAAGAGGUCCACAGGGAGACCAUGGGCUGCCAGGAUUCCCAGGACAGAAGGGCGACACCGGUCACCCUGGAAUCGGAUUACCGGGUCUACCUGGCCUCAAGGGACACUCUGGAAUCCCAGGAGCCCAAGGAUUACCAGGAGAGCCUGGGAGACCUGGACACGAUGGCGUAACUGGAAAAACUGGUCCACCUGGUCAAAAGGGUGAACCAGGCCAAGGUUUACCAGGCCCCAAAGGUUCGCAGGGCUUGCCAGGAGUUUCCGGCUACCCCGGUGAGAAGGGUAACAUUGGAAUGGCUGGUAUCCCCGGGAAAGAGGGAGACACAGGACUACCAGGGCCUCAGGGAAUCAAGGGUGACGCUGGACUCCCAGGCCAAGUUGGAGUGACCGGCCCUCCAGGCCCUCCAGGACAAGGCCAGGCAGGAGCCCCUGGACCCCAAGGACAAGUUGGGGAGCCUGGACCACAGGGCAGGGCCGGUGAAAAGGGAGAAAAGGGUUUUCCCGGUCUGCCUGGUCUAGACAUGCCUGGACUCCAGGGAGAGAAAGGAACUACCGGUUCUCCUGGGUUACCGGGUUAUAGGGGGAUUCCUGGGCAACCGGGUCCUGCAGGGAGAGAUGGAGUGAUAGGAGAACGAGGUCCUAAGGGAGAAAUGGGGGUCAUGGGGACACCAGGAUUUCAAGGAUUCCCCGGCCGUCCUGGGACACCUGGCUCACCCGGCCCAAGAGGUGACCCUGGUCUCACUGGACCAAGAGGUGGUUUUGGAGAAAGUGGACCUAAAGGAGAGAGAGGAGAGCCUGGUCUGCAGGGCCCUGCAGGGAACAUGAGUGACGUGGAUAUGGAGCAUAUGAAGGGCGAGAAGGGAGACAGUGGAGACAGAGGUGACCCUGGGAAUUCGGGACAGAGGGGUUAUCCUGGACAACCAGGAGACCCUGGGAUGCCAGGAAAGGAUGGAGAACCUGGCUCACCUGGAAAACCGGGUGAUAAAGGAGACCCAGGUGUCCCUGGAGAGCCCGGUAUCAUGGGGUAUCCCGGGCAGAAGGGCAGUUUGGGAGAGAUGGGAAUACCAGGCCCAAUUGGUCCAAAGGGUACUAAAGGAACAGUGGGUACACCGGGUCAUCAUGGGUCGAAAGGCAGUGAUGGACUGAAAGGAGAUCAGGGAGUGCCCGGUGAGCCUGGUGUAGGAAUCCCGGGACCUCCAGGGGAAAAGGGUGAUAUAGGCCAGCCAGGAUUCCCAGGGAUCACAGGGGAAAAGGGUCAGAAGGGGGUCAUUGGUGUACACGGCAUGCCAGGAUCGCCAGGAGUAAAGGGCGAGAAAGGAGACAUUGGUUAUUCAGGUCAGCCAGGUAGACCAGGUGAGAAGGGGGUUCCAGGUUUUCCUGGGUCAACUGGAGAACGAGGUCAAGAAGGUCGGCCUGGUGAGGCCGGCCUACAAGGCCAGUCUGGUCCUCAGGGAGAGAAAGGAGAGCCCGGUGUGGACGGCAUACCAGGCUCCGCAGGAGAAAGAGGAGACCAAGGUGUACCUGGCAGGGGUUUCCCUGGAACUCCGGGGGUGGUUGGCAACAAAGGGGACAAAGGCAGUCCUGGUGUCCCUGGCAUGCCUGGCCAUCCAGGUAUCCCCGGAACCAAAGGUGAUAAGGGGCUUCCAGGACUUCAGGGGGUCCAUGGUGAGCCAGGAGAGAGGGGAAUCCCAGGAAUCUCUGUAGAGGGCCCUAAAGGAGACAGAGGAGAGCCAGGACUACCUGGAGAAGCAGGAGUCACAGGAGUUCCAGGACCUCCUGGUGUGCCGGGCCGGGAGGGCCUAAAGGGAGAGAAAGGAAUUCAGGGUCCCACUGGCGUUCAGGGCGAGUCGGGACUGAAGGGAGACCAUGGAUCUCCUGGAUUUCCUGGACAAACUGGUCUUCCAGGAGUUGAUGGACUAAAGGGAGAGAUGGGAUUACAGGGUGUACCUGGUUUCCCAGGUGUAAAGGGUGAAAUUGGGACCAUCGGAUUCAAGGGAGAAGUUGGAGACAGAGGAUUCUCAGGAGAGAAAGGUAAUGAUGGCCCCCCCGGCGAACCCGGACCCCACACCUUCAUCAAAGGAGACAUUGGGUUCCCAGGGCCACAGGGCCAGCCGGGACCACAAGGACCAUCGGGGUUCCCUGGACUAAAAGGACAGCAAGGUGUGAUUGGUCUCACUGGGCCAAAAGGUGAAGAUGGCCAUCCUGGAUACAAUGGUCAAUCUGGUGCCAAAGGAGAACGUGGUCUGACUGGACCAUCAGGACCCAGAGGACACCCAGGCCCGCCCGGACCCGACGGUGUUCCAGGUCAGGUGGGGCCACCCGGCCCGUCCUCCAUGGACCACGGCUUCCUGGUGACCCGGCACAGCCAGACGGUGGAUGUUCCGCUGUGUCCCGAGGGAACGACACUCAUCUACGACGGAUACUCCUUACUAUACGUCCAGGGCAACGAGCGCUCCCAUGGACAGGACCUCGGUACGGCGGGGAGCUGUCUGAGGAAGUUCAGCCCGAUGCCUUUCCUGUUCUGCAACAUCAACAACGUCUGCAACUUCGCCUCUCGAAACGACUAUUCCUACUGGCUCACCUCCCCCGAACCCAUGCCCAUGAGCAUGGCACCGGUCACCGGCCAAAGCAUCAGACCUUUCAUCAGCAGGUGUGCCGUGUGUGAAGCCCCCGCCAUGGUGAUCGCAGUUCACAGUCAGACCAUCAUGAUCCCACCGUGCCCCCACGGCUGGGACUCUCUGUGGAUUGGCUACUCCUUUGUCAUGCACACCAGCGCCGGUGCUGAGGGCUCAGGCCAGGCCCUGGCGUCUCCUGGUUCCUGCCUGGAGGAGUUCCGUAGCGCUCCCUUCAUUGAGUGCCACGGCCGUGGAACCUGCAACUACUACGCCAACUCCUACAGCUUCUGGCUGGCCACUAUCGAAGACAAUGAGAUGUUUACGAAACCCGUCCCCACCACGCUAAAGGCGGGAAACCUGCGAACACACAUAAGCCGCUGUCAGGUGUGCAUGAAGAGGACAUAAACCCCCGCGGAGCCCAACUUACUAGCCUGUCCAACACCCUGUCUCCCCUCCCGACUCCAGCGACCGCCGUGUGGCUUUACUUCCUGUUUUAAACAAAGGAUGGUGCUAUUUCCCUGGAUGUGUGAGUGGAGAAAGACAGAGAACCUGAGUUAGCAGAAUAACCAAAGAUCCAGCGAUUGCAGACCGGAACACACACACACACACACACAUACAAGUCAGAGACCAAAGCCAUGAGAUCAAGCGGUCCCCUUUUGCGCGAUGCAGAACACUUCUUUACGUCACAACCUCUCUGUAAUAAAUGGCACUCAGUUUACUGCUGCACUGACUACAACCCCCCCCCCCUUCCCAAUGAGUAAACUGGUGUCCAUUUUGAUAGUGUUAACUGUGUUAUGUCAGGUGCUAUUGAAUCUUAUCUAUGCCUUAGUCCUCUUUGGUAUCACUUCACCCCCCCCCCAUCAGUACCGUGUCAUUCAAGGUAAUACUAGAUAUUAUUAUGGAUUUUCGCAUCUUUUAUCUUUUUGUUAACACGUAGACUUACUAAUAUAAAGGAUGGGAGUUACCACUGGUUACCGGCGCUUGUCAUUUGAUGAACCUUUAUGCAUUGCCAGCAUGCAAGCAUAACAAUGGCUCUGUUGUAAAUAAGCUGUUUUUAUUGUUCUUCCUAUCUAACAAACGUCACCAUACUCUCUGCAGGUAAUUAUUGCAUUACUCCGUGUGAUAUUAAGUCCAUUUGUUUAAUUUAUAAGAGUUAUGAAAAUAUGUUGAACAGAAGUUGGAUUUGAGAUGCCAGAAAUCCAUAAACAAUGAAGCAGUAUGAUGUUUAGCAACCAGUGCCUCAUUACUCUGCAGAACAGCACUGAAACAGCACUGGCAGGUGUGUGUGUGCGUGCGUGUGUGUGUGUGUGUGUGCGUGUGUGUGUGUGUGUGUGUGUGUGUGUGUGUGUGUGUGUACACACAUGAGCGAGUGGUUCCUAGUGUGAUUGUUUGCAUUCAUGUGAGCUGUUUUCUUACUGGUGUGUGUUGCCGCGUAUGCAUAUGAGAUGUUGUAGGCGCACCCCUGAAGUUGGAGAAAUAAAACAAAAGUAAAACACAACCACACACAAACAUGUCAUUUAUCAAACCCUGCACUCAGAGGCACUCCAUUAGAGCAUUGUGUGAAUCAGUUGUGUGCAGCCCCAAAUUACUUUUUUUUUUAAUGGCAUGAGAGGUAAAUCGUUGUGUGCUUGAUCGCAGUUGCACGUGUAUAUAUAUUUACGCAUAGCCUGUACUUGCUAUUGCACCGAAAUGCUUAACAAUUUCCUCACCCUUGUACAUUCAGUGCCAAAGUGUCUUGUUGAUCAAGGUAUGUGUGACAGCUCCAUCCCAGGGACACACAAAGAGGCGAGGCAAGCUUUGUAUGUAAGUGCCUUUGUAGGUUGAUUGAUGCGCUUUGACGUUGGCCCUUGUUUGGUUUCUGCCCCACGAGUUUGUUGGAAGAACCCUUCCUCUGUCUCAUUUUGCCGUGUACCAAGUGGACGAAAGCCUCUUGAACCUCAAAACACGAUGACUUGUCUUUGCCUUUCAGAGUUUGUUGAAGGAUUUUGAGAGAUCCUGGUGGGUUUUGUUUUUUUUUUUUUUUUCUACAAUGACCUCAGCCUGUUUGUGUGCGUUUGUUGUGUUGAACUGAGAAGAGAAGCUCUGUGACAUCCAUACAGUCUUAGCAGCAUUUGCCAAAGAGAUAAGACUCGAGCUCACUGGAGAAUGAAGUCGAAACGUUCUUGGUUUUUGUCUCAACCAUAAUCGACAUUAACACGUUGAGAAAACACUUUGUCAUACUUGUGUCUCCUCCCAGUCCCAUACUGUUUAAUGCAAUAAAAAUGAUUUGUAUAUAAAAAAAA